AUCUUAGUUCAGCGUCGCGUAACAACACGAGGAUGUUGUUUUACUCCGCGUUAACAUCGAGUAUUCCAGCUAACGUCGAGUAGAAUAAAGUUAACGGAACUAUUGCCCCAGAGAACGAGGUCACAUUAUAAAUGGCGGACUUCUCGUCGCUGGGCCUCUCGGACUGGCUCGUGAAACAGUGUAAACAGCUCGGAGUCAACAAACCGAUGCCGGUGCAGGAGCACUGCAUCCCGGCGAUCCUCGAAGGUCGGGACUGUAUGGGCUGUGCGAAGACCGGAAGUGGGAAGACGGCCGCCUUUGUGCUUCCAGUAGUGCAGAAACUGUCAGAGGACCCAUACGGCAUCUACUGCCUGGUGCUCACUCCCACCAGGGAGCUGGCCUAUCAGAUUGCAGAGCAGUUCCGGGUGCUGGGCAAGCCGCUGGGUCUGAGAGAUUGCAUCAUCGUCGGUGGAAUGGACAUGGUGAGUCAGGCCAUCGAGCUCUCCAACCAGCCCCACGUGGUCGUGGCCACGCCCGGCCGGCUGGCCGACCACAUCCGCAGCUCCGACACCUUCAGCAUGAGCAAGCUGCAGUUCCUGAUUCUGGACGAGGCGGACCGCCUGCUGGAGCUGGGCAGCACCGACUUCACCGCGGACCUGGAGACCAUCCUGGGGGCGGUGCCGGCCAAACGCCAGACGCUGCUGUUCAGCGCCACGCUCACCGACACGCUGCACGAGCUGAAGAGCAUCGCCAUGAACCGGCCCUUCUUCUGGGAGAGCGUCUCCGAGACCCGGACCGUGGAGGAGCUGGACCAGAGGUACAUCCUCACGCCGGAGAAGGUGAAGGACGCCUACCUGGUGCACCUGAUCCAGAAGUUCACUGACGAGCACGACGACUGGUCCCUCAUGAUCUUCACCAACACAUGCAAGAACUGCCAAAUCCUCACCAUGAUGCUGCGGGAAUUCCACUUUCAAACCAUCUCGCUGCACUCCAUGAUGAAACAGAAACAAAGAUUUGCGAACCUCGCCAAGUUCAAGGCCAGCGUCUUCAAAAUCCUGAUUGCGACCGACGUGGCUUCUCGGGGUUUGGAUAUUCCCACCGUCCAGGUGGUCAUCAACCACAACACGCCCGGCCUCCCCAAGACCUACAUCCACAGAGUGGGGCGGACAGCGAGAGCCGGGCGGCACGGCGUGUCCAUCACGCUGGUCACGCAGUACGACAUCCACCUGGUCCACGCCAUCGAAGGACUGACCCAGACGAAGCUGAAGGAAUAUCCUGUGGUGGAGAAAGACGUCCUGAAGAUCCUCACCCAGGUCAACGUGACCAGGCGGAAGUGUGAAAUAAAACUCGAGUCAACAGACUUUGAUGAGAAAAAGGAAAUCAACAAGAGGAAACAGCUGAUCUUGGAGGGAAAGGACCCGGACCUGGAGGCCAAGAGGAAGGCCGAGCUGGAGAAGAUCCGGAGUCAGAAGAAGAAGUUUAAGCAGAGAAUCCAGGAGACGAUCCAGCACCAGCAGCGCGGACCGGCCAAGAAGAAAAACAACAAGGAGGCACAGAAAACAGCCUGAAAUAUGUAUAUAAAUAGAACGUUUUAUCAUCUAUAUCGUGUGUGUCAGCAUCUGCAAUGCAAAUAAAUCGAAAUUUCAUACCA